AUAACACAAACCCGGAAGCUUGCCGUAGGUUCUGGCGGACGGACGGCAAGAUGGACAUACAUACACAGAUAAGAGUUUUUAUCAACGAUAUUGACUCAUUCACAUCUAAAUGUAUUGCAAAGUGUCUUUCCAAACAUACGAUUGAAGGUGAUGGCUCGGCUGAGAAAGAGGGUCGGACAUUGAAAUCAUGCGACUCGGUGCCACAAAGUUAUGAAGUGGUUGGAACGAGUUCGUUUGUUUCAGAGGAGGUCAGACCAUUUGUGUUGGAGGCAUACGUUCAAGUGAGUAGGGAAAAUGUUCUACAAAAGCUGAUGGAAUGUGACGUCAUCAUCUACAACAUUACUGGGCAUCCUGAGCAGGUAGACGAAGCCCGCUGGGCAGUUACAGCCCUCCAUGAUAAUAAAAGACAUUUUAAACGACCAAAAAUGUUUAUCCUCAUCUCUACAGUAAUGACUUGGGCAUGCAGUGAGCCAAUCAGUUCUGAUGAGCUGGAGCUCCCUUUUACUGAUGAUGAUUUUAGAAGAAGAAUACCCCAUCCAAACUUUAAAAAGCACCUGGAGCUGGAGAAAUUGGUUGCCAAAAUGGGCAAGAUGGACAGACCAUUGUUUUCCACAUAUGUUGUGGUGUCAGGACUUCAGUAUGGAAUGGGAGAGCAGGUCUUCCAUCUAUUUUUCAAGAUGUCAUGGCUGGGACAAGAAAAUGAAAUAGCAGUCUUUGGAGAGGGCAACAACAUUGUUCCCACCAUUCACGUCAGUGACCUUGCAAGUGUUAUUGAAAAAAUAAUUGAGAUCCAGCCGAAGCCUUAUUACUUGGUCGCUGUGGACUAUUCCAACAACACCAUGGAGGACAUUGUCAAGUCCAUUGCCUGUGCGCUCGGAUCGGGGAAGAUCCAGAGGAAGCCAUUUGAAGAGGCCUUCCUAAAACAGGACUUCGGUAUCAUGGAUAUUGAUUUAUUGCGCGUCAACCUUUGCAUGGAAGGUGUCCAUCUCAAGGAACUGUUCACUGUCCACUGGUUGUGUGAGUUUGGUCUUGUGGAGAACAUCGAACUGGUGGUGGAAGAGUACCGCCAGAGCAGGGGACUGCUGCCCAUUCGUAUGUGUGUUCUGGGUCCUCCUGCAGUGGGGAAAAGCAGAGUGUCUCAACAAAUAUGUGACCACUACAAACUCCACCACAUCAGGCUGAAGGAGACAAUCUCCGAGACUGUCUCACACCUGGAAUUUAUGAUUAGGAAUACUCCUUCAGACCUAGACAAUGGGGAAUCAACAUCAGCAACAGAAGCCCAGGAGCUGCUGAACAUUUUCAAGGAGAACAUGGAACAGAACGGAGGUGUUUUAGAUGACCAGCUGUUGGUGAAGGUGAUGACAGAUAAACUCAUGUCCAACCCCUGCAAAAACCAGGGCUUUGUACUCGAUGGAUUUCCAAAGACGUAUGAGCAAGCCAAAGGGUUUUUCCACGUUGAUGAGCAUGAAUCAGACGAGAGAGCAUCUUUGACUUCCUUAUACAACAAGAAGAUAAUGCCAGAGUUUGUUUUGUGCCUCGAUGCAUCAGAUUCCUUUUUGAAAGAUCGAGUGAUUAACCUCUCUGAGAAGUUGGUCCAGGAACACAAAUAUGAGCAAGAGCAUUUCCUGCAAAUUUUAGCCAAAUACAGAGAGAAAAACAUGGAAGAAGAUAGUGUUGUCACUUACUUUGAGGAGUUGGACAUCAAGCCUUUUUUAAUUGAAAUUACCAGCGUCAAUUCACCUGACAACCAAUUGCUGUUGCAUCAAAUCUGCGAAAGAGUGGGCCAACCCAGAAACUACAAGCAGAGAAAUCACAAGGUACAGGAUGGGGAAACUGAGCUGAUAGAGACGCUUGAGAAACUAAGGAGGGAGCAAAAGCAGAGGGACGAAGCCAGACAGAGAUCUGCACAUUGGCAGCUGUGGUCUAACACUUUAAAGGAGAAGAGGCAACGGGAAGUGCAGCAAUUGGAGGUUCUAUCGGUGCCAAUGAAGACCUACUUGAUAGAGCACGUCAUAAGCACUCUGUCUCAAGGCUUGAUUGCAUGUGGCUCAGCAUGGCCAGAGGACCCAAUAGACUUCCUGGCAGAGUAUCUGAUCAAGAAUAACCCCUGACACAUUUUUGGAUCACAGAAGUCCGCAUCCUUCGUUGGCUGUAACUGAGAGCGUGCAGGAGUGACUUCAUUACCUUCAGAUUUUCAGGGCUUUUCUCUUGAAAUGAUUCCCAUCAAAUGCAAUUUUAUAUUGAUCUGGAAUUGGAUAUCUGCCGACCAUUGACGCAAGAUUGUUUUGAACUCCUAGUCGCUGCAGAUUUUGACUGUACAGUACAGGAGGUUUUGAAGGCGAUGCCAAUUCACGUCACGUGCUCUGCCAAAUAGGGCUUGCCUUUCCUGUGUGUGAAAUACAAGAAAAUCAAUCUUGAAAAUCAGCAGAUAACUGAAACAAUUCAAACUAGUUAGUAGUAGGGUAGUUCAACUAACCUACAGGAGAAAACCACAGUCAUCAUAUAAUUAAGGAGAUUCAGUAAAUAAUAUGGAGUCCAUGACAUUGGUGGUGCAUUCAGUAAACAAUGUGUAUUCAUCAAAUAAACAAAUAUGCUAUCAGUAA